GAAGCCGAUGCACCGCUAUGUACUCGGAGAAUGGGUUUACAGCAAGCCGUGAGAAAGAGGACAACACAGUUGGAUACCUAUAUUACGAUGACUUCUCCCUCGGUUUUCUCCUACAAUUCCACCCUUCAAAUCAUAUCAUCGCCGCAGCAUCAACAACUGAUCUCAAUACACUCCAUUAUCCUAACAAAAUCAGUCUUACUUCAACCCCUAUCAAAUCUUCACUUUAGCAAUGGCGCCUUUUACCUUGGAUUUCUGUCAAACGAACCCGUAUGUUGGCGGAGGCGGUGGAGGCGAUUGGCAGUUGGUGGGCGAGAUGGGCUCCUUUGUCAAGCGAAUCCGAGUCUACUGGGGCACGUCCAAGUGGGGCAGCGACGGCAAGAAAGGAUGUCUCACAGGCUUCGAACUCGACUACACCGACGGGAAGCAGCUUUCCCACGGCAACACCGACUCGGACCAAGCCUUUGAGGAGUGCCGCAUCGACAUCGACAAUGACGAAAAGAUCAAAGAAAUGUCCCUGUACGGCCAGGGAGACGGGCAGUGGGAUCGAACGUCGCUGUUGUGGUUCCAGACCAACAAGGACCAGAAGUUCGGCGCCGGGCUCAAGCUGCUGGACGAGAACCAGUACAAGAUGGACGUCGGCUCCGGCUUGCUCAUCGGAUUCCGAGGCCGCUCCGGUAACAUCAUUGACAGUGUACAGCCUCUCUUUCUUAAGAAGGUUGCGAAGCAGUACAUCGACAACGUGUCAUAUCCCACUCUCGACUUGAACAACACUGGUUUCCUCCAGAUGGAUUAUCUGGAUAGGGCGAGAUCCAUGUGGAAUGGCGCGCCAUACCAGGUCAAGAUCAUUGGGGAGGUCACCAAGAAAGAAGAGACCACGUGGAGCAACAAAAAUUCGUUUGGGGCCUCGGUUGCGCUGGAGUUCGAAGCAGGGCUCCCAGCGUUGUUUAGUGCGAAGACAUCAUAUACACUGCAGUACGGCCAUGAGCAUACCUGGGGAGCGACGACGUCAAAUGAGAAGAAACUUCGGUGGGAAGCUGCAAAGGAGAUGACCUCCGAGGAGGAUCAGUUCGAAUUGGUCGCAACUUACAAGUCCGGCAAGAUGGAUCUCGAAUACGAGGGCACCUACAACGUGCUGACAGAGGACGGUCGCAAGUUCUCGUUCCCCACCAAAGGAACGGUCAAGCAUGUGGUCGUCUCCGAGUCCCAGAUCGAGGUUCGGUACUUUGGAGAAAGCCAGGACGGUGUCACGAGAAGCCUUGAAGAAGACCGGGCGCUUGAAGAAGCAGCAUAUGAACUUCCCGAAGCCGAGGAGCCAACUCAAGAGGAUGAAGUCAACGACGAGAACACUACGGAUCCGGAGGGGGUUGCAGAAGAGGGGGUUGUCCAGGACUAUGAUGAUGCGGUCGAUGAGGAGACCAUGGCUCAAGCCGGGGAGGAUGAGGAAGCGACUGCCAACGAGGAUGGCUAUGUCGAGCCCGGCUACGAGGAGAACACAGCGGCCGAGUACGACACCCGCGAGGAGGAACCGGCGGAAGAGGUCGCCUACGAGGACACUGCCGAGGAGGAGACCCAAGACAUCGAGAACGUGGAAGAGGAGGAAGCAGCUGAACCUGACUACGCGGCAGAGACUGACAACCAGGGCGACGAGGAAGCUUACAAUGACAAUGCUGGCACCACAUACGACAACCAGGAAAGCCAAGAGGCGGAGGACGUAGAAGAGCAAGACGCAGCUGAACCCGACAACCAGAGCGAUGAGACAGCUUACAACGACAAUACCGAGGAGGAGGUUUCAGAACCAUACUAUCAGGAAGAGCCUGAGCCGGAAGCCGUCGCAGAGGAAAAUGAGACUUCCCAGCCGCAGGGUUACGGGGCCGACGCGGAGCCUCAAGAGGAUGCUUAUGAGACAAGCAAUGCGGAGAAUGAUGCCGAGGUAUCGUGGCGUGGGAACGGCGACGCUUACUAGUGCCCUCGACAUCCCGGUGCCGAAGAUAGCGGAGACAAGCCGUUCUCAGGCUGAGGCCGAACCUGCGAUGGUGGAGGAGGGUGUGAUCUAGGAGUUUACAUUUUAUCUUUCUUUGACAUGCCUUAUAAUUAGAGAUCUGAAUGGACAUGGGCAAAUUGAGUUAUUUAGCUGGAACAUUAGGAAUAGGAAAUACUAUAUUUACUGAGUUGCGUCUUAGAAA